GCGUCUGCCCUCAAGCAGCGCUUGCUCUCUUGUCAGCCCUUCGAGGCGCGAGACAUUGAUCAGCCCGUCUUGUCAUCCCCCGUUCUUGGUCGGCGUGAACCGCAACGAUGCCCCUCGUGUUGCCGAAUCUCGCCCCGCCCGCCGCCCCGAGCGAUUCGCACCUGCAAUCCCUCGAAGCUUCGACGCUAGCCCUCGAGAUUGAGCGGCUCGAGACUAGCCUGGCCAAGCUGAGGGAGAGCCAAGAGUUGCUCCUCGAGUUCGCGUCGGCUGAGGAUCGCUCCCAGGAUGAGCGGGAGGAGCUCAAGGCAGUGAGGGAGGAGAACGAGGGGGUAGAAGCUGCCAAGUUAGACCCUCAUGUCAUGGCAAUGCGGGGAGGAGCAGCAGGCGCGAACGGCAAUGACGGGAGGAGCGGUGAUGGCGAUGUAGACAUGCGGUGACAUUAAUAGAUGCUAUCAGCUACAAGUGCUGGGAGGCUAUGCUUAGACAAAUUACGUCUAUGGGAAUGUUGUCUGGUGGCGCUGUUACCAGCGCACACGAUGACUGCGACCCGUCACUCCUUCCUGCGGACAAUGACGCUGUGGAGGAUACAUAGAGCAGAGACGUGGUAAAGUCAGCA